AUGGGGUCUGAAUUGCAACACGAAUAUGAAUGCAGCACUAUGUUCCGUGAACUGCUCUAGACUACACGGAGUUCUACUGUUUCCUAACUAGAAGUUUGUGUUUGGGUGCAGUGAUGGAGCCUAUGGAGCGGCCUCUGUGCGUCUGUUGCUGGGAGCUCCGGCGGCCAAUCAAAGCCGCAGCGCUGCCGUACAAGCAGUUUGGGGGCUGGAGGAACAUGACAUCAUGCAGAGUCCCGGCCCUCUCUGCGAAAGCCGAGGAUGAGCCGUCGCGUGCCCGCCGCGGCAGACAACGGGAGACGGCGGCGCUGUGCGCACCGAUAGUCCGCGUCGCGUCCGUUCAAUCCAGCGGGAGUCUGACCGUGGGUCCCGGUGUGCGCAGCGGGGGGGGGGGCUGCGACGCGCAUCCGUCCGUCCAUCCGGGGAAAUGGCGGAUGUGGAGGACGCCCUGUGCGCGGAGCGGGACGGUGAUGGGAGCUGAACUGCCUGCGCGCUCCAUUUUCUCUGUGUAGCUUGGUAGUCGCCCGUCGCCAUGGAUCCAGAGAAGACGCUGACGUUCUGCCUGGGGCUGAAGAGGGCUGACGAGAUGACCAUGUCUCUUCAGGGGCUGCACGGAAUCACGACCACUCCGGUGGCUGUUUCUCUGAUGAUCACUGACACACAAACAGACGAUGCAGAGGCGGCGAAGGAACAGGGGGGCUCUGGCAGCCAGCCCGUAGUCAGCCCCAAGUACUGUCCUGGAGUGAACAACAACCCGGGUUACCUGUGUGAAACGGGCCACUGCUGCGGAGAGACAGGCUGCUGCACCUACUACUAUGAGCUGUGGUGGUUCUGGCUGCUGUGGACGGCGCUGAUCCUCCUCAGCUGCUUGUGCGCGUACCGCCACCGCAGGGCCAAGCUGAGGAUCCAGCAGCAGCAGAGGCAGCGGGAGAUCAACCUGAUCGCGUAUAACGGCGCCUGCAACUACCCGUCCUCCAUGCUGGACCUCAGUUUCCUGGCGUCCUUCAAGUUGCCCUCCUACGAGGAGGUGGCGGCGCAGCCCAGCACCCCUCCUCCGCCUUACAGCUCCAUCUUCGCGCUGGACUGCGGUGCCCUGGGGGCCCCGGGCGCUUCCUACCUCCGCCAGCCCCACCGGCCCCCCUGCCCCCCCUACCUGGGCCCCGGCUCCAGCGGCCUCACCUCCUCCCAGAGCUCCGACUGCACCAGCUGCUCCUGCGACUCGUGCUCCCUCACCUCCCCUUCCAGCGCCUCCUUCUCCGUCCGGGUGACGGAGGAGACGACCACGCCCGGCGACGCGGCGGCCGACGGCGCGGCGGCGCCCCGGUACGCGGCGCCUCCGUCGCAGGUUCGGCCUGACGUCAUCCCUGCGGCCGCUCCGGAUGUCAUCCCCGUGCAGAGACGCUCCUCCGGCGGCAGCGACGCGGCCUCGCCUCUGGCUCCGCCCCUUUCGCUUCCUCUGCACUCUCGCCCUCCGCACCCGGCUCGCCUCCCCCUCUCCCCCCUCAUUCUGCUGUCAGGCCACCUCCACCCCCUUGGAGUCACGGCGUUUCAGAAAGACAGAGAGGAGGCCCCGACCCGCGGCCCGGCCCACAGGCUGGCGCCGCCUCUGCCUCCGUUCCCCUCGAACGUCACCGCCUUCGCGCACCGCACCAGCAAAGAGGAGCGAAAGCGAGAGAGAGACGCGGACGAGGAGGAAGACGAGGACGAGGACGAGGACCACUUCCGGCACCGGCGGCUCACCGGGGACUCGGGCAUCGAGGUGUGCCGCUGCCACGUGAGGAGACAGGAGCAGGAGGAGGUGCAGAAGGGGAGGGCCGACCCGCUGGACUCCCUCCGCUCCACGGCGGCGCCGCGAGGCCGCGGCCGCUCGCCGGCGCAGGGGGCGAGCGAGGCCGUCAUCACUGUGGAGUCGUCCUAAAGGCCAAACGCGGGAAAAGUGGGACGUCUGUGCCCAACAGCGUAUUUACAGAUCGAGACUAGGAGGUGAGAAGACGAGUCACUGAAGGAAGGCCAUGUUUCCCAGUGUUCAUAGAGUCUGAAGGUCUCCAUAUACAGCGCUUUGGUUUGUAGUUUAGGAACAGGCGCCUUGUUCUGCUAAUGAAUUGCGCUUUCUUCUCCCACUCAUACGAGUAGCUCUGUGUCAGCACACUUCCCCUCUUUACUUUAUAUCUGUGUCCUCUGUGUGAUGCAGCGUCAGGGAGUAACAGCUGAGCUCCAGCUCCAGUACAGGGGCUCCAAUGACAGGUCACAGGGAUCAUAAGAGGGUUGGUCUAUGCUACGUACUAAAACCUUUAGCUUCCUGAGUAAACUGGUCACAGGUUUAUUAUUCAAAUUCAAACAUUACUCAUAAUCAUGAGCUAUUUAUUAAUUAACUCAGUACAUGCUGUAUUUUCAGAAGAGCAGCUCCACAUUCGCUGCUACAUCGUCCUAAUUUACUGAACUUUAACACUGGAAGAGUUCUGGUUCCUCUGAUUACAUUUUACAUUGAAUAUAAAAAAUAAUGCUAUGACUUCAUAUAUUGUAUGUUGAAUUUGCUUUCACCAGCCAAUUUCUCUGCUCCUCAGAGGAAACGAAGACAGACGGCAACUAUUGUAAUAUUCUGAAGGCGUGCGUGUUUUAUAUAUUGUUUCUUAUGUGGUUCCCUUUAGAAAGAGGGACGCAAACACAUUAAAGUGUGGUUGGCAAAGCUUUACAAAGGUCUUAUGAUUAUAUAUUGUUAUUCCAGACUGUUAGAUGAACACACUUCAUGAUUACCUGACUGUUUGACCUGUGUGCACGACCGCUCGCUGCCAUUUUUCCUCCUCUCACAGACUUUUGAGUUUUUACAAGGCAGAAGCUUGAAGCCUUAUUUGUUGGCGUCUGUGGAAGGAAACGCACGGAUGUUGUUGGCUGGCAACUUUUAUAGCACAAACAUUUAAUAUUCGAGAACCCAUCGGGAAGAUCUGCCCGAUGCGGGAUUUAGGAAAGAUGACGUUGAUUUGGCGAUUUCUGCGUGAGUGUGUUGAGUUUUAUAUCCUCGAUUGGUGAUUAGAAAUGACUACUUUGUAGUAUUCGCAGUACACGUGCUCAAGAAUAGAUGUUUUAGACGGAGAGGAGUUCCCGGUUUGCGCCCGUCGGCCUGUGUCUCGGUGGCGUCGUGUCCGACUUUGUUUUUCUAAUGGAAGUCAUGGUGCCUACAUGAAAACUGACUUUCUGUUCGACAUCAGCAGUUCGUUUUAGCCCCGCGUGAGACUCGCUCUUGCAAGUUGUAUUUAGCAAUAGUACUCACUUUUUUCCUUAUUCUAGUCGAAGCUGGUUUGGAGGAAAUCAGUCGUUGUAAAAGAAGACACUUACCUCGUCUUUACUGAUUCCUGAGCUGCGCUGGCCGGAGGGCCUUGAUUGUACAUAACACAGCAUUUUGGCUUAAGGCGUCUCCGAAGUGCAAACUCAGAGCCUGUGGUUUUGCUCCGACCCCAUGUUGUGCCUCUUGAGCGUUACCGUCACAGUCCAAGCGCCCGCGGCCCAGAAAGACGACCCCCGGGCCUCGUUCUGAAGAGAGUUCCGAGGUUCUUGUCCGUCUGUGUAGAAGCGAGAGCAUCCGUCCACUGCAAUAAGUAGAACAUGAACAACCCGAGUCGCAUUGUUUCCUCGUUCGUGUGAAGAUGACAGAUGGGAAUGAUGUGUUUCAUUAUUGGUCUUUUACCUCGGUUGUCUACAUACGUUGACUGAAGGGUUGUCUUAUUCUUCCUUUCAGUAAAUUAUAAUAAACAUUAAUUACCGUGCUCCAUUGUUUGGUAGGCGGAGCAGAAAAACUCUAAAAGGUUUACAAACUUAAGCACCACAUUCACUUGGACAGUGAUUUAUCACCUUUAACAGAAAACCUGUUCUUGUCUUAUUAAAGGUAACAGUAUGUAGCUCUGUGACUCUAAUAUGAGGUUUUCUGUGGGAGGCACAAACUGGGGCUUUUACUCUGAUUUCCCAUUGAAGCCAACCUGGCCUGAGUUCAGUGUAUAUAGGAAUUGUUUUAUUUCUGUUGCCUCGUCUGCAGCUAGUUUGUAUGUACAUGUACAGAUAAGAAGCCCAAACUUCACCCUUGUUGCCGCCGUCGGCCAAAUGCCUGAAAUAAGACUGUUACCUCGCCGAGUUUUGACUGCAAAGGACUGUUUACUUCUCCUUAUGAAGAUAGUAUUUACUCUAUAUUUGUACUGACUUUAUUUUGUAAUGGUAAGAACUGAUGAAUUGAAAUUAAACAUAUAUAUAUGAAAAACAAGCCCGCGUUGGUACGGCCAGAAAAAAUAGGACAAACGACCAAACCCUGUUGAUUCAGGAAAACUGAAGACUGUUGUCUCCUUUCGCUCCUGCUUCUCCCACGCAGCAGGAUUCCAGCAGUAUCUGUGCGUGACUAUUUGUGGAAUAGUUCAGAUUAAUAUUAAUACACAGCACGGUGUUCGUUGAGGGUAUCUUUGUGCAAUUACCUGCAGCUCUACAGUGUGGUGUACGCAUGUGCGAGAGAGUUAUCGUCAGUUGUGUUGUCGUGAUGUUCCAGCGCUGUCGCUUGUUAUUGAGUGUCGUUGGUAUUUGUUAACGCGAUCUUUGUCGAUAUAAAUAUCCAGACACUUUUAUUGUCAUCAUGACUAUCAAGUUGGUUUUGUAUCUUGGUGUAUAGCAUAGAUUUAUGAUGCGUACCCUGGUGUAAAAUGCAAACAAUGAGAUGCUGUCAUAUUUUUUUUUACUUAUUGUUUUGUUGCACACGUUUCUGUGCCGAGGAGGUUGGGAUUUAUUUAUGUUUAUUCCAUCGGAGGGUUUUUCACUGACCCUUAUUGAGAUUUACCACGUGGAACAUUUGUGCUACUUUAUUCAACAAAAACGAUGGAGUUUGUGUCAAAAUAAACACUGACAAGUGCUACCAAA